UUCCUUUUUUUUCAUAUGUAUUUUUAAAGAUCACCUUAGUUCUUUCUGCCAAGGAGAGCUGAAGGGAUUUUGGGGGGCGUAAGUUUCUCCGGCGAAUUUUCCGGUAAGAGAAAAGGGAUUUUGGGUGUAAUUUUCUCCAGCGAAUUUUCCGGUGAGAGGAGUAAGGGAACUGGUUCUGGAAAAUCAACAGUAUGCCAAUCAAAUGGGUUUUGCACUGGCAGCCAAAUGCAGGGACAACAGUCAAUAAUCAAAUACUGACAGAAGUAUCUCAAUGUGUUGAGAGUAUUAAUGGGGUUAAAGAAGGAAGGUGGAAAGAUACUCUUAGCUUCUAUAAACCCAUGCUUAGAGUAGAACAAGCUAAUGCGUUGGAGUUUCCCCGAGAUUUUUUGGGGAUUUCGCUUCAAGAACAACCAAACAAGUAUUACAUGGUAAUUAGAGGGCAACGAUUGAUCAUGGAAGCAGAUUCAUCAAUUCAGACGAUAAUGGAGAAGUUGCAGUCUUACAAAACGAGGGUUGCACUUAACUUUGAGGGGUUUCAGUAUCAACUUGGUGACUUCCAGCUGCGAGUGGGAAAAGUUGUUACAAUACACUCUGAGAACUUGAGGGGAAUAGUUAUGGAGAUGGAGUAUCUUCCGAUUUCCUCAUGGGAGACAUCGCACCAGAUUAUGGGUGAAUUCUUCGACAUAUGGCAGGAAGCUCUUGGAAAAAGAUCAUUACCAGGUCAUUUUGUGCACGUUGAACCAAAUUUUUCAGAGUAUGGCCUCUCUGAUCAAUACACUUCACAGCACACAGCUGUACAGUAUGCUAGCAUCAUGGCUCAAAUGAUAGCAACAGCUCAAUCGUCACAACCAAUGAGAAGUUAGAAUGUAGCAUAAUGUUCUGUUGGCAAUAUAAUAUUUUGGCAUUGGUACCUGAAGUGUUUUGAAAACCAGGUCAUUAUGAUGCUGCUACUGCUGCCUUAUGUAGAAAACCAACGUUAAAGACAGAUCUAAAUAGCAAGAAACUAAAGUGUUUCGUGGAUUUUAACCUUUGCCUCAAGCAACAUAGAGAUUAUUGA